AUGCUGCGGUUCCUGCGCAGGACCUUUGGCCGGCGGUCGAUGCAGCGCUACGGGCGAGGAGCCGGGCGCGGAGCCGGGCGAGGAGGGCUCGGCGGCGAGGGGGACGAGCGGGACGGGGGGCUGCGAGGAGCUGCCGCUGCCGUCGGCUCGGGAGGCUUUCCCUCCUCCCCGCACCCCGGAGGAGGGGUCGUGCACAGCGCCGCAGCCCCUGUCCACAUCCCGGCGGCCGGCGGCAGUAAGCCGGUGCUGCAGUGCCGCGUCCUCCUCCUGGACGGGACCGAAGUCAACGUGGAGCUACCGAAGAAUGCAAAGGGACAGGAGUUGUUUGACCAGAUUGUGUAUCAUUUGGACCUUGUGGAAACUGAUUACUUUGGCCUACAGUUCAUGGAUGCUUCCCAGGUUACACACUGGUUGGACCUUUCAAAAUUCAUUAAGAAGCAAAUAAAAAUUGGACCUCCGUACACGUUGCAUUUUCGAAUUAAGUACUAUUCAUCAGAACCAAACAACCUUCAUGAGGAGUUUACAAGGUACCUGUUUGUAUUACAGCUGCGGCAAGACAUUCUUUCAGGGAAACUGAAAUGCCCAUAUGAAACUGCUGUUGAAUUAGCAGCUCUGUGUCUUCAAGCUGAGCUGGGAGAGUGUGAGCACCCAGAGCACACACCAGAACUCGUGUCUGAAUUCAGGUUUGCGCCCAACCAGACCGAAGCGAUGGAAUUUGACAUUUUUCAGAAGUGGAAAGAGUGCAGGGGAAAGAGCCCGGCGCAGGCUGAAUUGUGCUACUUGAACAAAGCUAAAUGGCUAGAAAUGUAUGGUGUAGAUAUGCAUGUAGUUAAGGGAAGAGAUGGUUGUGAAUAUGCUCUUGGACUGACACCAACAGGCAUAUUGAUCUUUGAAGGAGCCAACAAAAUAGGCUUAUUCUUUUGGCCCAAAAUCACAAAAAUGGACUUUAAAAAGAGCAAACUAACACUUGUGGUUGUAGAAGAUGAUGAUCAGGGCAGAGAGCAAGAGCACACGUUUGUUUUCCGGUUAGACAGUGCCAAAACGUGCAAACAUUUGUGGAAGUGUGCAGUGGAGCACCAUGCUUUCUUCAGAUUGCGAGCCCCAGCAAACAGUAAAUCCAGCAGAUCCGACUUCAUAAGGCUGGGAUCACGCUUCAGAUUCAGCGGGCGAACAGAGUAUCAAGCAACACAUGGGACAAGAUUACGCAGAACCAGUACCUUUGAAAGAAGGCCCAGCAAGCGAUACCCUUCUCGAAGGCAUUCAACUUUUAAGACAAACAAUCCUGUGAAAGCAGCACAGCUGUGUGCGAAAAAUACUCCUGAAGUCCAUAACUACCAGCCACAGUAUCAUCCUAAUAUACAUCCUGCUCAGCCACACUGGCAUCCACAUACACCUGUGAAUGUAAGGCCACCCUAUCAUGAUGACAGGCCAUAUUGGAAACCCCCCACAAGUGGAGAGGACAGCAAUUUACGAUAUAUCCAGGAACAGAACCAGAAGAAUUUAGGAGGAGUCCAAAGUAUGGUGUACCAAGAUAAACUCAUGACGACUCUCUGAAAAAGUCAUCUUCAUUUCACCUGCCAUCUUAGACGAUCAUUGCAUUCCAUGGUCCUUGUCUGUCUGCAGUAUGUUCAACGUGUAUUGUGCAUAAAGUGUGUGUCUCUGUAUGUACGUCCAUCCUUGUUUAGUGUUCAUGGACAUUCUUGGGAAAAAUAUUUUCCAUAUCUUUGUAAAAAAUCUUGAAAAACCCUUUCAUGAAAGCUGGUAAGAAUUUUCAGUGCCCCAAGGCCAGAAAUAUUUCUGGGGAUUUACAUUCUACCAUACUUUUAAAUCUGUGACCUUUCUGCCUGCUGUUGAAGAUCAGCUAUUUGUGCCUUAGAUAUUUUUAAUAUUUUGUUUAUUUUGAGUCAAAAUAAUAGAAACUUUGGUUUUUAGCUGAUGUGCAAAUAGGAAAUCGGAGGGAGAAAAAAAAAAUAGAAUUCCCACUGACAAUCAGAAUGGCUUGUGGACCACCAACAAAGGGAGCCUACUGAGUUAGUUAUAGGUUUGAGUGUCACUUGUUUUUAAUUUUGUGUUCUGCAGCAAAAACAGAGGUGCUUGCCUAACUUU